AUGGAUAUCCUCGGACCAUUCCCAAUAUCUCCAGGUCAGGUAAAGUUCCUCCUCGUAGCCAUUGACUACUUCACAAAGUGGAUAGAAGCUCAACCACUUGCGAAAAUCACUUCAGAUAAGGCUCUUAAGAAGAAGUUGACCGAGGCUAAAGGCCGUUGGGCCAAACUCAUACCAAAAAUAUUAUGGAGCUAUAACACGACUCCUCAGUCUACGACGAAAGAGAGCCCUUUCCAUUUAGUAUACGGAGCGAAGUACGAAGAACAUAUGCUUACGAAGCUCAGACAAAAAUCAAUGCAACAAGCCAUGAAACGUCAGUACGACAAGAAAGUCAAGCGAAGAACAUUUGAAGAAGGAGACUUAGUGCUCAGGCAACUUGAAGAUAUUCGGAAACCACCCGGCCAUGGAAAAUUGCCCGCAACAUGGGAAGGACCUCUUCGGAUAGCUAAGGUGGUCGGCAAGGGAGCCUAUUGCUUGGAAACUCUGAACGAAACGGCCUUGCCAAAUACAUAG